UUUAUAGGCUGGGUAAGAUCACGUCUCCGUCUCUUUCUGUAGCUCUCAUUCCAGCACAGGAUAUCAGCAAUUUUGCCCUCUUUCCCCGUGCCCACUCCAGCGCGCAGAGUCCUUUCUUCUCUCUCAUUUACAACUUCUUUUGAAAAGAGAACAUUUUCUAGAGAAAAGAGAUUUGCUAAACAGAAAGGACAUAAAACAAAAGCCACAGCAACCUGACUUCCAGCAUGGCAUUGUCACCAGCCCCCUUGGCAUGGUGAUACGAUUAAGGUAGCGGCAUUUUUAUUAUUCAGGAAAAGCAGCUGGGGAAUCCAUCAGUUCUAAGGCUUUGUCUUUCCUUGGUUAACUGAUGGUCCUGAGCCCUGGUUUGACUUGACCAUGAUGCCUAGGACUGGCACUUUUUGUUUUUUCUCAGCAAACUGUACAAACCCAAAUCUCUUUUUGAUUUUCAAGGAAACUAGAUUCCUGCCAGAUUUCGAAUCCGGACAAUAAAUAGAUACUUUGUCCUAGCUUCUUUCUGGAAUCAUUUCGGGGAUAUUUUCCACAAGCAUCACAGAAACAGGAAUGAACCGGCAGCUAGUGAACAUUUUGACAGCCUUGUUUGCAUUUUUCUUAGAGACAAACCACUUCAGGACGGCUUUCUGCAAAGACCAUGACUCCAGGUCUGGAAAACAACCUUCGCAGACCCUAUCGCCUUCAGAUUUCUUGGACAAAUUAAUGGGAAGGACAUCAGGAUAUGAUGCAAGAAUCAGGCCAAAUUUUAAAGGUCCUCCAGUAAACGUUACUUGCAAUAUUUUUAUCAACAGUUUUGGAUCGGUCACAGAAACCACCAUGGACUACCGAGUGAACAUUUUUCUGAGACAACAGUGGAAUGAUUCACGGCUGGCAUAUAGCGAGUACCCUGAUGAUUCCCUGGACUUGGACCCAUCCAUGCUGGACUCCAUUUGGAAACCAGAUUUAUUUUUUGCCAAUGAGAAGGGUGCCAACUUCCAUGAUGUCACCACUGACAACAAACUGCUUCGAAUUUCAAAAAAUGGCAAAGUACUCUACAGUAUCAGACUCACCUUGACCUUAUCCUGUCCCAUGGACUUGAAGAAUUUUCCAAUGGAUGUCCAGACUUGUACAAUGCAGCUGGAGAGUUUUGGGUAUACAAUGAAUGACCUGAUAUUUGAGUGGUUAAGCGAUGGUCCAGUUCAAGUUGCUGAAGGACUGACCCUGCCUCAGUUUAUUUUGAAAGAAGAGAAGGAACUUGGCUAUUGCACAAAGCACUAUAACACUGGAAAGUUUACCUGCAUCGAGGUUAAGUUUCACCUGGAACGCCAGAUGGGAUACUAUUUGAUCCAGAUGUACAUCCCCAGUCUGUUGAUAGUCAUUUUGUCUUGGGUCUCCUUCUGGAUAAACAUGGAUGCAGCCCCUGCUAGGGUUGCACUGGGCAUCACCACCGUCCUAACUAUGACCACCCAGAGUUCAGGUUCUAGGGCAUCUCUGCCAAAGGUGUCCUAUGUAAAGGCGAUUGACAUCUGGAUGGCGGUGUGCCUUCUGUUUGUGUUUGCUGCCUUACUGGAAUAUGCAGCAGUGAACUUUGUCUCCAGGCAACACAAGGAGUUCCUGCGGCUCCGGAGACGACAGAAGAGACAGAAUAAGGAAGAAGAUGUUACUCGUGAAAGUCGUUUUAAUUUCAGUGGUUAUGGGAUGGGUCACUGCCUCCAAGUGAAAGAUGGAACAGCUGUCAAGGCCACACCUGCCAACCCGCUCCCACAACCCCCAAAAGAUGCAGAUGCCAUCAAGAAGAAGUUUGUGGACCGGGCAAAAAGGAUUGACACGAUAUCUCGAGCUGCCUUCCCAUUGGCCUUCCUCAUUUUCAACAUCUUUUACUGGAUCACAUACAAGAUCAUUCGGCAUGAAGAUGUCCACAAGAAAUAGAUCUGCCCUUCAGACCCUGGACUUUCUUGCCUAACUGUUGUGCUUGUAAAUACACAGUGAAAUUGUCUUUAUAUCAUGUUGACAGAG